AUGAGUUUCGGCUCGGACUCCUCCGCUUCUCCUCCUCCGGCCGCUUUGGAGUGGAGAUUCUCCCAAGCGUUCGGCGAUAAGCUCCCUGGAGAAGAUAUUCUGGAUGUUGAUUUUAUUACGGCGCUUGAAUUCGAUAAGAAUGGGGAUCACCUGGCUGUGGGCGAUCGAGGAGGCCGUGUUGUCAUCUUUCAUAAGGAGGAAGUAAACAAGCUCACUUCACGGGAUGAGUUAGAGCAACUUGAUAGUGCUCCGAUAAAUCAUCCUACGUUUCAGUAUAAAACUGAAUUUCAGAGUCACGAGCCCGAGUUUGAUUCUUUGAAGAGCAUGGAGAUUGAAGAAAAGAUCAAUAAAAUCAAGUGGUGUGCGCCACCAAAUGGAUCGUUAUGUCUUCUUACCACAAAUGAUAAGACUAUCAAGUUAUGGAAGGUCAAGGACCAUGAAGUGAAGCAAGACUCAGAAAUGGAAAUAAGCCAAUCUGUAUCUUCAGAGAAUUCACUGUUGGCCGAAAAGAGUUUUAUUAAUGGACAGAAAACAGAUUUUUCUAACAGCAGUUGUUUAGAAUUGACAGAAAAUGUGGUGAAUAAUGUAUCAUACAAUGGAGGAAGCAAGAAGAUAGCAUGCUUAGAGGACGCUACUCGAGCAAGAUGCCGAAAGGUGUAUGCACAUGCUCAUGAUUUCAAUGUCAAUUCUAUCUCGGUUAAUAGUGAUUGGGAGACAUUUGUUUCUGGAGAUGACCUAAGAAUAAAUUUGUGGAAUCUUGAAGUCAGCAACCAAUGUUUCAAUAUAAUUGACAUGAAGCCUACAAACAUGGAAGAUCUAAUAGAGGUGAUCACGGCCGCGGAAUUCCACCCAUUUCACUGUAAUCUUCUGGCGUACAGCAGUUCAAGGGGAUUUGUUCGGCUUGUAGACAUGAGACAAUCAGCUCUAUGUGAUCAUAAUGCAAGGAUAUUCAAAGAUGAAGACUCGCUGCCUAAAUCAUUCUUCACCGAGAUUAUUGCGUCAAUAACUGAUAUGAAAUUUUCAAAUGAUGGAAGGCAUAUUUUGAGCCGUGAUUAUAUGAAUCUGAAGCUUUGGGAUAUGAACAUGGACGCCGGUCCAGUUGCAACAUUUAGGAUUCACGACAAUCUACGGCCUAAACUGUGUGAUCUGUACAACAAUGAUGCAAUUUUCGAUAAGUUCGAAUGCUGCAUUGCUAAAGACCGGCUUAGUUUCGCAACUGGGUCAUACAGCAAUCAUCUGCGCGUAUAUUCUUACGAAAAUGGGAAUUGCAAUGGAGUAACCAUAGAAGCGUGUAGAGAUUCAGAUACUAGGAAGUCAUUAGUCCAAAUUACAACAAAACCUCGACGAUCAUCCUUGAGCAACCUGGCUAGAGGAUUUUACCGACCAGGCCAUGAUGCUAAAAGUGCGGGAAGUAACGAAUUUUCUUACGACUUCAAUUGUAAGUUACUUAAUCUUGCGUGGCACCCGACGAGCAAUUUGAUUGCCUGUGCAACUGGGGGAACUUUGUUUAUGUAUCAUGCCUAA